AUGUCCUCGAGCCAGAAAAUGGAUGCGCAGGAGCAAAAGGAAUGCGAUGCCUCUGAAUCAGGCUCGUUACCGGCACCCUCAGAACACCUGCACGGGCUGCGACUGUGGAUUGUGGGCUUUGGGCUGCUUUUGGCGCUUUUCCUGCCGUCUCUGGAAGUCAGCAUAGUGAGCACGUCGCUGGUCACAAUCAGCGACGACCUCCAUGGCUUCGACCAGAGCAGCUGGGUGAUUACUAGCUAUCUAUUGACUUACUGUGGCUUUCUCAUGAUAUGGUCGAAAUGCGGUGAUAUCUUCGGCGUCAAACCAUCUCUGCUGUGCUCCCUGGUCUUCUUCAUCGCCUUCAGUGGAGGAUGUGGAGGGGCACAGACUCUAAACCAGCUGAUUGUCUUCCGCGCAUUCCAGGGAAUUGGCGCUGCCGGCGUCUACACCUUGACACUUUUCUCACUGCUCCGUCUAGUUCCUCACAGCAAAUAUGAUAUUAUCGCCGCCAUUGCUGCAGCUAUAUUGUCCUUAGGACUGGCAAUAGGCCCGCUCCUUGGAGGCGCGAUCAAUAUCUCCGAUCAAUGGCGCUGGGUCUUCCUGCUCAAUCUCCCAGCAGGCGCAUUCGCCUGGCUCAUUCUCUUCAUCUACAUGCCAAGCAGCUAUCCCGACAUCCGUCCCUCGCAGUCAGAAGCAAAACCUCUACACUCCAAAAUCAACACGUUCCUGGAGAACCAGAAAAUCUUCUUCCGCCGGGUGGACUUCCUCGGCGCGUUUCUCGUCCUCGCGGCCUCGAUGUUUCUCAUCGCUGCAUUGCAGGAGGGUAAUCUCGAGUACGAAUGGUCCUCUGCGCUCAUAGUCAGCUUCAUCGUCGUUUCGGGUGUGCUAUGGGUGGCCUUCCUCGCCUGGGAAUGGCUCGUUAGUCGCCACGACUGGAAAAUCCAACCCAUGCUUCCCUGGCGCCUCGCCCAAAACCGCGUUUUCGUCGGCGUUGCUCUUGGCUUCCUCCUAACCGGCGUCCCCGUAACAACAUCCAUAAUCGAGCUCCCACAGCGGUACCAAACCGUCAACGAAUCCUCGCCCAUCGGCGCCGGCGUAAAACUCCUCGCAUACGCCUUCAGCCACCCAAUCGGGAGCAUGCUGUGCUCCAGUCUCGCGGGCCGGUUCAAAGUCCCCUUCGUGCACAUCUGCAUCGGCGGUCUAAUCCUGCAGACGGUCGGGUUCUUCCUCCUUUCCACAAUACCCACGACAAUCGCAUUCUGGAACGGGCAGAUGGGGUAUACGGUUAUCGCGGGGCUGGGCGCGGGGAUGUCUGUUGCGGCGGUGUACAUUAUGGUUCCGCUCGUGGUGGAUGGCGAGGAUCAGAGUAUUGGGUUGGGCACGGGGCUGCAGCUGCGUAUGCUUGGUGGGGCGUUGGGUGUGGCGAUUGCGACUUCGAUCUUGAAUGCGCAUUUGAAGAGUCGGCUUGGUGAUGUGUUGGAUGGGGAGCAGUUGGAUAUGGUGCUUGAUAGUGCGCAGUCGGUUGGGUUGUUGCCGGGUGAGCUCCAGGUCCAGGUGAGGAGGGUCUUUGGGGAGGCGUAUAACAUCCAGAUGAAGGCUAUUGGGGGGUUUUCUGCUGCGCAGGUUUUGCCUGUUGUGCUUAUGUGGAAGAGGAAGCAAGUGAGGCUUUUGAAGGAUGGGCAGUAG